GAGAGGGGAGCGCCCGGCUCGGAGGGGACGAGCGAUCAGCCGCCCUUAAAGGGAAGAGACACUUUCAAUCAAUCAGAGGCAGGGGGGGGUGCAGAGAGGGGGCUGGCGGGAGAGCAGCGUGGCCCAGAAUAAAGCCUCCUCCGUGGGGAACAUCAGUCAGGGAGACGAGGACAGAACCAGGAGACCGACUGAUCCUGCAGAGGAAACUACCAAGGCACAAAGUAGCACAGAUUCUACAUCCCUGACGCUGCUGCAGAAACCAACAGCCGUCUCCAGCCAACACGACCAUAUAAGGACUUCCCUUCCCACCACCGCCGCCACGCCCCAUCGGCACGUCGGCACGUCCACACGGCCAGCUCGGCCCCUGGUGGUGUCCCCUGGAAACCCUGUAGAUCAGACGCUGCCUACAGUGAAAACUUGAUGCUUCGGUUUUGCCUGAACACACAACUGACAUGUUGAAGGUGCUGCAGUCAGCAGCCAGAGCUCCACCGACUUCCACCCGCCUUCCGGAGAGAACCGUGACCCCCGACCCCAACGCCACCUCAUCUCCCAGCACCGCCCCCCCUGUGACCAAACCGUCCUUAUCAGAGGUCACGGGGUCAAACCGUGCCCCGGUGGCCGUCGUGGGCCCUGACAGGAAGUUGCUUCUCCCGGUGAGCAGCGUGGCGCUGGACGGCAGCGGAAGCACCGACGACAGCGGCAUCGUCAGCUACCACUGGGACGCCGUCAGCGGUCCUCCGGGGUUAAAGUUUGAGGGGGCCGACCAGGCAGUCGCCACGGCGUCAGGCCUUCGGGUGGGACGCUACACCUUCAGACUAACAGUCUCUGACCAGCAGGGGGCGACAGACAGGGCUUCACUCACUGUCAGGGUCCAGGAAGCCAGACGUCUUCCUCCCGUCGCUCACGCCAGCGGCAGCCACACUCUCUCUCUGCCCAACAACUCUCUGGUCCUCCGGGGCUCCGUCACCGACGUAGACCCGACCGAGGUCCACUUCCUGUGGGUCAGAGACAGCCAGAGUCCUGCUGCUGGGGACGUGCUGUACGGCUCGGACGCCAAGGCCUCCCUGUACCUGUCCAACCUGGUCGAGGGCACCUACCUGUUCCAGUUGAGGGUGACCGACGCUCAGGGGCGCUCCAGCAGCGCCACGGCCACCGUGGAGGUCCGACCAGAGCCCGGCGGAGGGGAGGAGGUGGAGCUGGAAAUGCUGGUGUCGGUGUCUCAGGUCAGCGUGGCUCAGAGGGACACGGUGGUCCGACAGCUCGCCGCUCUGCUCCACGUCCUUGACAGCGACAUCCAGGUCCGAGCGCUGCAGGGACACUCGCACCUCAGCACGGUGUUGAGGUUCUCGGUGCGCGGCCCCUCUGGGCCGAUCCCGGGCUCCAGUCUGGAGGGUCUGCUGAGGAACCAGCUGCUGCGAGAGAAGAGCGACUACCUGCUGUUCAGAGUCCUGAGAGUCGACACCGUCUUGUGUCUGCUUCGCUGUUCGGGCCGCGGUCAGUGUGACCCAAUCACCAAGGAGUGCUCAUGUGACCCCUUCUGGACAGAGAACCUGAUUCGUCGAUACCUUGGCGACGGAGAGAGCAACUGUGAGUGGAGGGUGCUGUACGUCAUCCUGACCAGCUUCCUGCUCAUGGUCUUCAUCCUCUCCGUCAGCUGGACCUUCAUCUGCUGCUGCAGGAGGAGGAGACAAACUAAAGUGAGGAAGAAAACCAAAUACACCAUCCUGGACAACAUGGACGAGCAGGAGCGGGUGGAGCUCAGACCCAAAUUCAGUAUCAAACACCGCAGCACAGAGCACAACUCCAGCCUAAUGAUGUCCGAGUCGGAGCUGGACAGCGACCAGGACACCAUCUUCAGCCGGGAGCGACCCGUCCGCAGCAGGAACCGGAUCAGCGCCCACGGCGCCCGCAAUGGAAACGCCUUCGGCUGACGGGACAUCCGGCCUCCUGGGCACGCAGACGGGACUCGUCUGGGAUGUUUGCACUCUGGCAGCCUCAAGUGGCGGCGAGAGAUUUAACUUCUUAAAGUUUGAAGGACUUCAUUACCCAGAAAUCUUGUUUCUGUGAGGUCAGUAAAAUUAACCAGUGUCCCAUUUCAGGGUUAAUAAUGGACUUAAGGCCCGGAGGACAAACCUGCGGCUCCUUACGAAGGAUAUUAUGGGUUGAAACUUCCAAAUUUAGGCAAAAAAAAAGCAAGUUAUUUGGAGGAUUCUUGACAACCUUGAAAACCUGUGUUGGAAAUGCAGACUUUUAAGUACGAGAUUUAGAGAAGAAUCAGACAUUUGGGGAAAUCAUCUUCCCCAGAGCCAGAAGAGAAGAUGGAGUUUCAAGCAGAGAGUCCCGGACGUGUUUAGCCUAGCUUAGCACAAAGACUGGAAGCAGGAGGAAACUGGAGAAAGAAAUCCUCCUUCGAACUCAAGCUGCAACUGAUGAUUAUUUUCAUUGAUUUUUGUUUGUUCUACAAAACCUCAGAAAAUGUUUGUUUUUUAAAAGUCCUGUUGUGUCCCCAAUUCAAAGAAAUAAUUUUACUGUCAAAGAGUAAGAAAACAGAACAUAUUCACAUUUCAACAGCUAGAAUCAGAUCGUUUUCUUCCUUUAAAAAAUAAAUCAAUUUAAUCAGUUCUCAAAAUAGUUCCCAAUUAGAUUGACCAACCCAACCGAGAGCCCUGACAUGAAGCUAACAUUAACCUAGCUCAAACUAAUUUUCCUGAAAAGCUAUUGCUAAGCUAAUCUUAACGCUAUCCAAAUCUAAACAAAUUAUUUAGCGUAAGACACAACUAUCCAGUAUUUAUUAGCGGACGGACAAUCUCUGCUUAACCUUCAGCUUGUCAAACACAAAAAGAAAAUGUCAUUAAUUUUAAUGUUCUCUUUACUUAAAGGAAGUCCUUGUUUAGCGUAGCUUAGCACAAAGACUGGAAGCUGCUAGCCUAGCACGUCAAAAAAUAAAUAAAUCCACCUUCCAACCUGUACUUCAAACAACUCCAAAUCUGUCUGGUUGAGAUGUCGUUUCUUGUUAGCUAACAAGCUCGUCACCAGUUUACCUAAAAGUAGUGUUCUUGAUGAGCCAGCGGUCAUGACCUAGAAGCUAACGCUAACAUAGCUGUGCUAAGAAGCUAGCCCUAAGCUAACUACACCUAAAAGAUCAAUUUUAGCAAAGGGGACCAAGAAUCUAACUCUAAACUGAGUUUAUGCCUAAAAAAACUAAAUCUGACCUAAUGAACUUCAAAGCUAAC